ACACACAGAGCACCCUCCCCCCAUCUCUUCAGUUUAUUUAAAUAAAUCCGAUGUCCCAGUGAAAAAAAAUUAUGUUUCUCACUUGCUGGUAGCGGUAAUUUCUUUUUAAGGCUGUCUCGAGGAAAGAAAGUUGAAAGUUUUAAGGCUUUUCGAACCAAAAGUGAGAUAGAUUGAGGGAAAAGUAACGAAAAGGAGAUAUGGUCGAGCUAAUUCCGAUCAGGCUGCAGAAGACAUGGGAGAUAUGGAAUGUCAGGGGAGUCAUUCUCUUCAGUCUUUCACUACAAAUCGUACUAUUUUUGGGUGCUCCCAUGAGAAAGCGCACAGGAAAUAAGCUCUUCACCCUGAUCAUUUGGGGAUCAUACUUUCUAGUCGAUUGGGCAGCUAGCUUCACUAUCGGGCUCAUAACCAGCAGCAGGAACUCAUGUAACAUUAUUCAAAGGAAUGACCUUCUUGCAUUUUGGGCUCCGUUCUUGUUGUUACAUCUUGGUGGGCCAGACACCAUAACUGCUUUUGCCCUGGAGGAUAAUGAGCUCUGGCUUAGGCACUUUCUCGCUCUGAUAUUCCAGGUUUUCACCUCGUUUUAUGUCUUCCUGGAAACACUACCAAGCAACAAGCUAUGGCUCCCGACUUCCCUCAUUUUCCUCGCAGAAGUCAUCAAAUAUAUUGAACGGACACGUUCUUUAUAUCGUGCAAGCUGGGGUACAUUCCGAGAAACUAUGCUUACGGAACCAGAUCCUGGACCAGAGUACGCAAAGCUCAUGGAGGCAUUCUCUUCGAAGAAACUAGCCGGACUUCCUACAAAAAUGUCACGAAAAGAAGAUGCUGAUCUUAAACAAUUGAAGUCCGCCUUCUAUUCUUUUCAACGGAGAGAGAAGGAGCAGGAACCCUUAAAUGACUUUGAGGUGGUGAGAUAUGGUUAUCACUUCUUCAAAAUCUUCAAGGGGCUCAUUGUUGAUCUCAUUAGCCACAAUGAUCGAAAUGAGAGCAGAGUAUUUUUUAAUGGGAGAAGUCCUGAAGAUGCGCUUAAAGUGUUGGAGGUUGAACUCAACUUCAUCUACGAAGUUCUCUAUACCAAGUUCAUUGUGAUACAUGAUCUCAUAGCAUACCUUUUGCGCUUUGUAAGCUCGCUUUCGGUUUUGGCGUCCCUUGGGAUCUUCUCUUUUGUAGACUGCAAGCAAGGUUUAGAUAAGUUUGAUAUUCGAGUUACCUACACCCUGCUGCUCGGUGCCUUGAGCCUGGAGGCAAUAGCUCUUUUCAACCUCAUUCUCUCGGAUUGGACAACAGCUUCUCUGGACAAGAUCAAGCCAAAAACAAAUUCAAAUGUACUCUGGACCAUCUUCAAAAAAUAUCUCAAAUUUAGGAGUUUAAGGUGGUCUAAAUGCAAGGAUGAGUCUGGCAAAGAGUUUUUAAAGAGAGCUACACCAGUAUUACUUCGCAGGUGGUCUGAAUCCAUGGUAGGAUUUAAUUUGAUAACAUACUGCCUCAAGCAACUUCCAAAAACAUCCAAUGUAGAAAAUGAUCAGUGCUUCCUUGACAUUUAUAAGAAGACUACUCAUAUGUUGCAUCAUGUACGCAAAUAUUUUCGCAAAGAGAUUGUUGCUAAAGACUUUCUAGAUGAGUGGAAAUAUGCGUCCAAAAACCCCUUCACAAAAGAUCUAUGGGAAUUUAUCUUUCUCGAACUGAGGCUGGAAUCUGAAGAGGCAGAUGAACCAAAAAAUAUCAAGACGAUAAGUUCAGCUAGAGAUGCUUACGUUCUCCAAGAAAUAAUAUACAGCAAUGAAGGGCGAGAAGUUUAUGGAAAACUAAUCACGGAUUAUAUUGAAAAUGUUACCUUUGACAAGAGCCUUCUGCUUUGGCACAUUGCUACUGAACUCUGCUAUCAUGGAAGUCAACACAAAGCUGAUGAUUAUCAACAUCAUAAAUUCAUCAGUAAGCUGGUUUCAGAUUACAUGUUAUAUCUUCUAGUGAUGAAACCUACUAUGAUGUCUGCUGUGGCAGGUAUUGGGCAGAUUAGAUAUAGAGAUACUUGUGCUGAGGCUAAAAGAUUCUUUCGCAACAAGGGACUAGGACCAAACGAUGAGGAAAAGCUUGCUUGUGAAUGCCUCCUUGCUGUGAAUACAGAAGUUAAACCUGUUCAUGUGAAGGGAGAUAGAAGCAAAACUUUAUUGUUUGAUGCAUGCAUCCUGGCCAAAGAGCUUCAAAAAUUGGAUGAGGAGAAGAAAUGGGAGGUAAUCAACAAAGUGUGGGUGGAGAUGUUGUCAUACGCGUCAAAUCAUUGCAGACCAGAUGCCCAUGCUCAGCAACUUAGUAAAGGUGGCCAGCUUAUUAAUCUCGUUUGGUUGCUGAUGGCUCAUUUUGGCCUUGUUGAGCAGUUCGUAUUCACUGCUGGUGUUGGCCCUGCAAAAUUGAUUGUAGACAAUGAUGAACUUGAGGCUGAAAGUGUAGACAUUCAAAGUGAUGUGAAUGUUGAAGAUGGGGUCAAUGUCAAAGAUGGAGUGAAUGUGAUUCCCUCUUCAAGUAGUGGUCCGUUGGAGCCAUUCAUUGGUAUGGUAUUUGAGGAGGUCGAAGACACCCAAACAUAUUACAAGGCAUAUGCAAGAAGGGCUCCAAAGGUGAAUCAUCUAUUAUUUGUAGAUGAAAGUGUGUUAAAUUGUAAAGCUAAUCUACAAGAAAAUGAAGUUGUACAAAGAUUACUAGACAAAUAUGAGCUGGUUUCAGGACAUAAGUUGAAGCAUUCAAUAAAUAAGGAUGAGAUUGAUAAUAAGGAGGCUAAGGUGGAAGAACUGCUUGACAAGCAAACAAGAUGGUGGGAUGUUUCAAAAGUUAGGAAUCUCCUCUCACUAGUAGCAGCUACUAAAGUUAUGAAGAUAGUUCUUAGUUCUGGAGAACAUGAAGAUACACAUAUAUGGGCAUAA